GAUUCAUACACAUGCCGUAAUUUUGAAGGUGAAAGCUUUAGUUCUAUAGGCGAAGAAUCUUAAGUGUCUUAUUUGUCGCUGGAAAGGCAGGAAGUAAAAACCAUUUGCACAUUUAGAAAGCCAAAAAAUCGAUAAAAUGAGAAAAUGUUCCUUAAAAAUGUUGCCAAAGGCACAUACCUUUUUAACUAAAAGGUCCAGCAUUGGAUACCAAGUAAACUGUAUCAAGGCUUAUUCUACCAACCCGGAGCCCAAGGAACCUAUUGUGCGCACAAAAACUAUUCCAGGUCCAAAGUCAAUAGAACUUAAAAAUCAAUUGAGUGCAGUACAGAGCACGGGCACUGUUCAGUUUUUUGCCGAUUAUGACAACUCGAGAGGAAAUUAUAUUUCCGACGUUGAUGGAAAUGUCUUACUUGAUGUUUAUACACAAAUUUCUUCAGUUCCUUUAGGUUAUAAUCAUCCAAGGCUCUUAAACAUUUUUAAGGAUGAAAACAAUUUAAAAACCUUGGUUAAUAGGCCUGCGUUGGGCGUAUUUCCUGGAAAGGAGUGGCCAGAAAAAUUGCAUUCAAUUUUGAUGAAUAUUGCCCCCAAAGGAUUGAAUAAAAUAACAACAAUGAUGUGUGGAUCAUGCUCAAAUGAAAACGCAUUUAAAAGUAUUUUUAUUUGGUAUCAAAACAAGCUUCGUGGUAAUACUAAGUUUACUACAGAUGAAAUGAACUCGUGUAUGAUUAAUAUGCCACCUGGCGCACCAAAAUUGAGUAUCCUAUCAUUUAAAGGAGCUUUUCAUGGUCGUACAUUAGGAGCAUUGUCCACAACACAUUCAAAGUACAUUCACAAGAUUGACGUCCCAUCUUUUGAUUGGCCUAUUGCGUCAUUUCCUCAAUAUAAAUAUCCUUUGGAAGACAAUGUUGCCGAAAAUAAGAAAGAGGAUGAAAAAUGCCUAAGUGAAGUGCAAGAUCUUAUUGCCCAAUAUAAGAAGAAGGACAUUCCAGUUGCUGGGGUUAUUGUUGAGCCAAUUCAAAGUGAAGGUGGCGACAACGAAGCUUCGCCCGAAUUUUUCAGAGCCUUACAAAAAAUAUGUAAGAAAAAUGGUGCUGCCCUUUUGAUUGAUGAGGUUCAAACUGGAGGAGGAAGCACAGGAAAGUUUUGGUGCCAUGAACAUUUCAAUCUGGAAUCUUCACCAGAUGUCGUAACUUUCAGUAAAAAGUUGCAGCUUGGAGGUUACUUCCAUAAUGAUGAUUUUAUACCCAAUGAACCAUAUAGAAUUUUCAAUACUUGGAUGGGAGAUCCAGGAAAAAUUAUUAUGCUUGAGGAAAUAUUGAAAGUAAUCAAAGACGAGAGUCUAAUGAAUAAUGUAAAGACCGCUGGCGAUGUCUUAAAAUCGGGCUUGCUAGGCCUUGAAAAGGAAUUCCCGAAUUUAUUAAACUCAACUCGUGGACGUGGUACAUUUUUGGCAGUUAACUGCUCCAAUACUAAAGUCAGAGAUAAUGUAGUGACCACAUUGAGGCAAAAUGGCAUUCAAACUGGUGGUUGUGGAGAUAUCGCUAUUCGCUUCCGACCUGCUUUGGUAUUCAAAGAAUAUCAUGCCAAUAUUGUUUUGGAUCGCUUUAGAAAAGUUUUGAAAUCAAUGUAAGCUAAUAGUAUUCCAUUGAAUGUGCUCUGAAUAAUAAAUGUUUUA